AUGAGGGUGGUAGAAGUUAUUAUCGAUGGUUUCAAGUCGUACGCGACGCGUACCGUCAUUUCUGGAUGGGACGAGAGCUUCAAUUCCAUUACCGGUCUCAACGGAAGUGGAAAGUCCAACAUUCUCGAUUCGAUAUGUUUUGUCCUCGGUAUUACGAACAUGUCCACUGUGAGGGCGCAGAACUUGCAGGAUCUCAUCUACAAACGAGGCCAAGCAGGCGUAACGAAAGCCAGUGUGACAAUAGUUUUUGACAAUCGCGACACAAGUAGAAGUCCGAUCGGUUUCGAGGAAUACGCCCAAAUAUCUGUUACUCGCCAAAUCGUCCUGGGUGGUACGAGCAAAUAUCUAAUCAACGGUCAUCGAGCGCAACAGCAGACUGUGCAGAACCUAUUUCAGUCAGUGCAGCUCAACAUCAACAACCCGAACUUCUUAAUUAUGCAAGGUCGCAUCACCAAGGUUCUUAAUAUGAAACCUGUGGAGAUUCUCGCAAUGAUUGAAGAGGCUGCGGGCACGAGAAUGUUCGAGGACCGGAGAGAUAAGGCGUUCAAAACAAUGGCAAAGAAGGAAAUGAAAGUCCAAGAGAUUACAGAACUUCUGAAGGAAGAGAUUGAACCGAAGCUUGAGAAACUUCGGACGGAAAAACGGGCAUUCUUGGACUUUCAGCAGACACAAAGCGAUCUCGAACGCUUGACAAGGCUGGUUGUUGCGCAUGAUUAUAUCAGGAACAAGGAUAAGCUAAGUCAUUCUGCGAAUGAGCUUGAUGCCAAAAAGCUGCGUGCGAGAUCCCUUGAAGAAUCCGCUGCUCGACUUAAAAAUGAGAUUUCCUUGCUUGAAGAGGAUGUCAGGCGGGUCAAGGCGGCCAGAGACAAGGAACUCCGGAAGGGAGGGAAAUUUCAGGCUCUUGAAGACGAGGUCAAGGCUGCCUCUCAUGAAAUGGUACGGUUGACGACCGUGCUCGAGCUAAAGAAAUCUAGUGUCUCCGAAGAAUUGGAGAGGCGGAAGAGCGUCGAAGCCACAGUCAAAGAAAUCGAGGCUCAGCUGAAAGAAAAGACCAAGGUCUACGAAAAGCUCCAGGCUCAAUACGACGCGGCGAAGGACGAACUCUCGAAACAGACGGAUGAGGUCGAGAAGAAAGAAGAACUACUGCAGACUUUGCAAAUCGGUGUAGCAUCCAAGGAGGGCCAAGAAAGCGGAUAUCAAGGACAGUUGCAGAAGGCCAGAGACAGUCUUAGCUCCGCGACCACCGAGCAGGAACAGGCGAAACUGAAAAUAACACAUCUCCAAAAGCGCAUCAAGGAAGAAGAGCCGCGUGCGCACAAAGCUAAGGAGCAAAAUUCCGGUUUGCUGAAAGAACUGCAAGGUUUGCAAGCCUAUGCCAAGAAGCUAGAGGCAGAACUCAGUCGACUCGGGUUUGAGCAUGGAGCCGAAGAAAAAUUGCAUCAGCAAGAAAAGACUUUGCAGCAGAAGAUCCGUGAAUUGCGCGAGCAAUCGGAGGCUAUGAAGAGAAAGGUCUCCAAUAUCGACUUCACCUACCAAGAUCCCGUUCCUGGAUUUGACCGCAGUAAAGUCAAGGGCUUGAUAGCCCAGCUAUUUUCACUCGACAAGGACAAAACGAUCGCCAGUACAGCGCUUGAGAUUUGCGCCGGCGGUAGAUUGUACAACGUGGUGGUUGAUAGCGCAGAAACUGGUACUCAGCUCCUGCAAAAUGGCAAACUUAGAAAGAGAGUUACGAUCAUCCCGCUCAAUAAGAUUUCUGCAUUCAAAGCUUCGGCGGAGAGAAUUGGCGCCGCUCAAAACAUUGCUCCCGGAAAAGUCCAUUUGGCAUUGUCACUCAUAGGUUAUGAUGAGGAGAUCCAAGCCGCCAUGGAUUAUGUAUUUGGCUCUACACUAAUCUGCGCAGAUGCAGACACCGCAAAGCGCGUGACAUUUGACCCAUCCGUGAGGCUGAAGAGCGUAACCCUCGAGGGAGAUGUCUACGACCCGUCUGGAACCCUUUCUGGAGGGAGUGCUGCCAGUUCUGCUGGUGUGCUCGUUGUUCUGCAGAAGGUCAACGAGAUUAAUAAAGAGUUGGCAGCUCACGAAAAUGCGCUAGCUGAGCUUCAUGCUAUGAUGGUGAGGGAGAAGAAACGGAUUGAUGCCGCUCGGAAAACACAGCAGGAGCUCGAUCUCAAAACCCACGAGAUUAGGCUGACGGAGGAACAAAUCAAUGGCAACUCUUCAUCAUCUAUUAUUCAAGCAGUUGAAGAAAUGAAACAGAACGUCGAGCAGCUCAAGAAGGAUAUUGUUGAAGCUAAGGCACGGCAGGAACAGUCAGCACAGGAGAUCAAAAUCAUUGAACGCGACAUGAAAGAGUUCAGUAGCAACAGGGACGACAAACUGGCCGAACUGCAGAAUUCGCUUGAGAAGCUGAAGAGAAGUCUGAGCAAAAAUUCGGCGACAGUGAAAGCCCUGCAAAAGGAGCUGCAGAAUUCGCGGCUCGAAGCUGAACAAGCCGGUGGUGAUCUUGCGGCAGCGAAGGAACAGCUUGAAGAGGUGGAUGCAACUCUGAACGCGCAGCAGGAGGAGACGAAAGGGCUCUUGCAACAACAAGCGCAAGUCAAGGACGCGCAUGACAUUGCACAGGCCCGACUGGAUGACGAGCGGACUAAACUCUCUGGAUUUGACGAAGAGCUUCGUUCUCUUGAGGACGCCUCUCGGACCAAGGCCUCCCGCAUUACUGAGGAGGGCCUUGAGAUGCAGAAGCUUGGUCAUCAGAUCGAAAAAUUCCAGAAGGAACAACAAGCCGCAUCGCAGCUAGUUGCCCAAAUGGAAAGUGAGCAUGAGUGGAUACCUGAUGAGAAAGACAGUUUUGGCCGUUCUGGAACGCCAUAUGACUUCCACUCUCAGAACAUUGCCGAGUGUAAAUCAUCGCUGCGGAAUCUGACCGAACGCUUCCAAGGCAUGAAAAAGAAGAUCAAUCCAAAGGUCAUGAACAUGAUUGACAGCGUCGAGAAGAAAGAGAUCGCACUGAAGAACAUGAUGAAGACGGUUAUUCGUGACAAGCGUAAGAUCGAAGAAACUAUCAGCAGUCUCGACGAGUACAAGAAAAAGGCUCUCCACAAGACCUGGACCAAAGUGAAUGCGGAUUUCGGACAGAUUUUUGCAGAAUUGUUACCCGGCAGCUUUGCCAAACUCGAUCCUCCCGAGAACAAGACCAUUUCUGAUGGCCUCGAAGUCAAGGUCCAGCUUGGCAAAGUCUGGAAGCAGAGUUUGACUGAAUUGAGUGGUGGUCAACGGUCCCUGAUUGCCCUCUCUCUCAUCAUGGCCCUCCUCCAAUUCAAGCCUGCCCCCAUGUACAUUCUCGACGAAGUGGACGCCGCCCUCGAUCUCUCGCAUACCCAGAACAUUGGCCGCCUGAUCAAGACCCGCUUCAGGGGCUCUCAAUUCAUCGUUGUUAGUCUGAAAGACGGCAUGUUCCAGAACGCCAACCGCAUCUUUAGAACUCGUUUCAGCGAAGGCACGAGUAUCGUGCAAGCUCUCACUCCCGCGGAUAUGAAGUAGGCGGUUUUUUUGGUGGUGCGACAUAUUUCGGUGCAAUUAGUUCAAUGAGCGAAAAGAAAAUGCGCAACAGCAUGUGGUAUCUCCCUUUAAGUGUGAAACGUGGUUUGAGGAGUAGUCUUGCCUGCGAGAAGGUUCGUUGGCUGUUGGGUUUCUGGUAGAACGGAAAGGCUUUGGACGGGUUGGCUAUUGUUUAGGACCAGGGGACUAAGUGUCGGAUUUGGCGUCAUACUUCACUUUACUUUGACUUUUCUCGGUGCAUGUCGUUCUUCUUCUCUUCUUUAAUGCGGCGCCCGAUAUUCUUGUCUGGAUUUGGUAUAUAAGGAAGUUCUCAGGAGUAUACUGUAUAUCAUUUUUGGCAAUGCAAGAUAUUUUUUACCUCGU